AUGGAUUUUGAAACUAUUUUGCGAGAUGUCGGAGAUUUUGGAAGGUAUCAGAAAUCCUUAUUAUUGAAAUUCAUGGUACCGACAACAUUUGCUUCAGCAUUCUAUGUGCUCAAUGUGAUAUUUAUGGUAGCAACUCCCGAUCACUGGUGUCUAGUACCACAACUGUCUGCUCUUAAUCUAACUGAACAGCAAAUCAAGAACUUUGCCAUUCCAAUAUUGCCCGAAGGAUCUUUUUCAAAAUGUACCAUGUAUGCUUACAACUAUGCAUCUGUCGCUGCAGAAUAUAAAUCGACCGGAAAACUGCCGGAAAUGAACAGUGGUAAGAAAAUUCUCAUUAAACCUAUCCGAAAAUGCAAUGAUGGUUGGGUUUACCAAAAAGAAUGGUAUGAAGAAACUAUUGUCUCCCAGUGGGAUCUGGUAUGUGAUAACAAUUACCUUCCGAGUCUGGUUCUAACUUUGGCAAAUGCGGGAAGCGUUUUUGGAACUUUCGUUUUUUCGAUUGUAGCUGACAGACAUGGUCGCAAAGCAGCUUUCCUGACCAACAUAGCUGUUGCUGCAGUCUCUGGCAUACUGUCAAUUUUCUCACCCAUCUUCGCCGUCUUCGCCAUUCUACGAAUGUUGACGGGAUCAACUGUGCCUGCCAACUUUCAGCUUCCUUACAUUAUCACUGUUGAGCAAGUUGGACCACGACAGAGAGCUUGGUUGGUGUGCAUUUCUUGGUUGCUAUGGACCACAGGAGCAUGUUGCUUGUCCCUUGUAGCCUAUCUUUCAAGACACUGGACCACGUUGGGAUUGGUUACCACUAUGCCGAUAAUAACAUUCAUUGUUUAUGCAAAGUAUUUGAAAUCUUCUCCGAGAUACCUCAUAACUCAAGGUCGAUGCGAAGAAGCUGCUGCACUUAUUGAAGCCAUUGCUGAAACCAAUGGCUUUAAGCCACCCACCGAACUUCUCCAAAAUUUAAAAAAAAUUAGUGAGAAUGUGAAAAAUGAAGAUGUGAAAGCUACCAGUGAAUCACUUUUUGAUCUUUUUAAAUACCCUCAACUUAGGAAAAAGCUAUUCAUAGUAACACUAAAUUGGUCUGCCAUUGCAGUUGCUUAUUUUGGAUUAACAUUAAAUGUAACAAAUCUCGGAAAAAAUGAUUUUCUAAACUUUUUUCUUCUUUGUGCUGUGGAAUUACCUGCUUUUCCUUUGGCAUUGGUGGUUAUGGAGAAAAUUGGACGCCGAUGGUCUAAUACCGUUUUCGUAUUGUUAACAGGAAUAGCGUGUUUGGUGCCUUCCUUUUUAACUAAAGACGCGGGAACUUCUGCGAUAGUUGCUUCUAUGUUGGGAAAAUUUGGUUCAGCGGCAGCAUUUAUGGUCAUCUACCAACAAGCUGCUGAGUUGUACCCUACAUCGGUACGAGCAUUGGGGAUGGGUAUUGGUUCCGUGGUAUCUUCUCUUGCUGUAAUCUGUAUGCCUUACGUCUGCUACUUGGGAAUUUACAACAAAGCCAUUCCUUUCCUUAUUAUUGGAGCAUUAUGCGUGUCUGCUGGCUUAGUAGCCCCUUUAGUUCCUGAAACACUCCAUCGACACCUGCCGCAGACGAUUCAAGAUUCUGAAGAAUUCGGAACAGGAAAAGGAUGCUUUCCCUGCUGCAGUAACAAUGAAAAAGAUGAACACGAAAUUGAAAACACUCAAAAUGUCUGAAUCAUUUGAAAAAUGAAACAUUUUCUUUGAAGACAAGAGGAAGACAGCUGAAACUGACCAGAAAAUAAUUGCUUAAGCUUCAGCAUCAAAAUGUGAUAUUUUAUAGUUUUGUAAGUUAUUUUUUAAGAUUACAUGUCGUUUUGAACAUGAAUUGCUUUCAGAUACAACAAGCUAACUGAGUUUCAUCUAAAAAAACCCCGACAACGUAGAGCCUGAUUACUGUAGAGACUCAGGUUGAGAAUCAAUGCGCUAUAACAUUUGCAAUUUUUAGUUUAAUGAGAAUUGCAUGAAUUUGUCAGGGAAUUCCUUUGCAAAAUAAAAUAUCGAUUUUUUUGCUACAUUUGAUUCUGUACAGCUAAAAUUCUACAAAUGUUUAUCCACAGUUUGAAAUAUUUUUUAACUCUUUGUUGUUCAUAUUUUAAAAACAGCAUAGUACAUUGAAGUACACUUGGCUACAAUCUUAGCAAACUUUUAUUUUCGUUAUUUUAUGUCUUAAGAGAGAAAAGACAAAUGUAUAUGUUCAUUAUAUACAUAAUUUAGUUUAAAAAAUGAGUAAGAACCAAUGCAGUGCAAAUGCAUUUAACUUUUCUAACGUCAAUGUGUGACUACUUUCUUAUCAUUUGUGAUCAUAUGCAUGGUGUUCAUUACAUACAUAAUUUACAGUUAAAAAUGAGUAAGAAUCAAUGCAGAGCAAAUGCAUUGAACUUUUCUAACGUUGCUGUGUGACUACUUUCUUAUCAUUUGUUAUCAUAUGCAUGGUGCUCAUUAUAUACAUAAUUUACAGUUAAAAAUGAGUAAGAAUCAAUGCAGAGCAAAUGCAUUGAACUUUUCUAGUGUUGCUGUUUGACUAUUUUCUUAUCAUUUGUGAUCAUAUGCAUGGUGUUCAUUGUGAAUUUUUCUAAAUUCACAGAAACUUUAACAUUACUGUGUAAUGUUUUCUUCUAUUUAUUUUCCUAUGGAAAAGUGUUUUUAAAUUUUUAGCAAGUUCAUGUAUUUCAUUCAAAUAAUAAAUAUUUUAAGUCAUCUUUUUUAGAUGUUGAAUGUAAAAACUGUUUCAAAUUUUUUUGUAUAUAAAUAAAAAUAUGCA